GACCGCGCAAUUGUCAUUCAAAGUGUGAGAGCGCUGAAACGUGAAAAAUGGCCUGGGCAGGAAGGUGUAAAAUUGCCCGGUAUUCAAAUGGUUAAAAUAAUACCUGGUGAUCCUGCCAAGAAAGUCUUUGUUCAGGCACUUUCCAUCUGGGGUAACGAUUGUGUUCCUCACUGACAAGAGUUAUUCCUAAAUCCGUAUUUCGAAUGAUUAUGAAGUUGCUUGGUGAGAACAGAGAUAAGCUCAGUAACUUAAAACUGUAUCUUCCAGCCAGGGGCGGACUAACCAUUUGGAAACUCGGGCACUGCCCGAGGGCCCGGGGUCAG